CUCUCUCUCUCUCUCUCUCAUUUUCCCGGCCAAUCAAUCCUUCUAAUUCCCGGCGAACCGAUUCCCCAGAUUUCCCGGCGAUGGACGUCAGGCUAACGGAGGGGGCGAUACUCAAGAUCACGACGGAGGUCGCCGUCGAAGAGCCCAUCCUGCAAGUCAUCGACUUGAGGCUAAUCAACACGCAGCGCGGCGGCAGCUCGGAGCGGUACAGGCUGAGCAUGUCCGAUGGGUCCCACGCCGAGCAAGGGAUGCUGGCCACUCAGCACAACCACCUGGUUCACCAAGGCCUCCUUCAGAAGGGGUCUGUUAUCAGGCUGAGCAAUUUCACCUGCACCGUCCUCCAGUCCCGCCGGAUCAUCAUUAUAGUCUCACUGGAUGUGCUAGUUGAUAAAUGUGAUAUCAUUCGACAGCCUGUUAAGUUGUCCAAUGCGCAGUCCCCAGCGGCAAUUCCUGGAAACAGCCUAUCUCUUAACAGCAGUGCUCGUGUGACUGAGGCGGCUCCUGAACAACCUGGAUUGGAUCAAGCGUAUGGCGGUGCUUACUCUGGUAGUGCUGAACCUCCUAGAGUCGAUCACCCGUUUGGUGGUUCUUACGGUGCUGAACCGGGGAGAUGUGCUGCAAUGAGUGCAGUUCCCAAUCACCCUAGACCUGGGAGUGGUUCUGAUUUUGCUGUAUCAACACCGGUAAGUGGGAUGUAUGCUGGUCAGAACACAAGUUUACGCAGCCCUAGAUCCCAGGUGCCAACUCCAAGUCAGAGUUUUUAUGCUCAGCAACCUCAGCCGUCACACUUAACUUCUUAUGCCCAACCGCCACGAUCGACUUAUCAGCAGGCCCCUUCAGGUUCUUACGCACGCCCACCUCAGCCAACUCCUCAACAGCCACCUGCAUUGUAUAGUAACAGAGGACCAGUUGCCAAAAAUGAAGCUCCUGGUAGAAUAGUACAAAUUGGUGCUCUGAAUCAGUACAGUAAUAGGUGGACAAUCAAGGCUAGAGUGACGGCUAAAUCAGAUUUGAGGUCCUUCAAGAAUGCACGUGGUGAGGGAAAAGUAUUUAGUUUUGAUCUUACUGAUUCGGGUGGAGAAAUUAGAGCAAGCUGCUUCAAUUCUGUAGCUGAAGAAUUCUACAGUUUGAUUGUAGUUGGUAAGGUCUAUUUUAUAUCCAAAGGGAAUGUGAAGCCCGCCCAAAGGAAAUAUAAUCAUUUGAAUCAUGAGUUUGAAAUUCAGUUGGACACCAACUCAACAAUACAACAAUGUUUGGAGGAUGAUGGCUCAAUUCCACAGCAGCGGUUCAAUUUUCGGCCAUUAAGUGAUGUUGAAGGCUUGGAGGCCAACACUAUUGUGGAUAUAAUAGGUGUGGUAUCAUUUAUCAGUCCUGCUGCUUUAAUAAGGACAAAAAAUGGUGAGACUCAAAAGAGAACUCUCCAGUUGAAGGAUAUGUCUUGUCGCAGCAUUGAAGUAACUCUCUGGGGGAAUUUGUGUAAUGUAGAAGGGCAAGAACUUCAAAGCAAGUGCGAUUCUGGGUUAUUUCCUGUGCUAGCUGUCAAAGCCGGCAGAGUCAGUGACUUCAAUGGCAAGGCAGUGGGGACCACAGCUGCUAGUCAGCUCUUUAUAGAGCUAAAUGACCCUCAGGCUGAUGAGGUGAGGUCAUGGUUUAAGAGGGAAGGAAUUAAUUUUCCAUGUGUCUCUAUCUCCAGGGACACAUCGAGUGUGGGAAGAAAUGAUGUCCGGAAGACUAUUUCCCAGAUUAAAGAUGAGCAGCUAGGCACUUCUGAGAAGCCAGACUGGAUUACAGUCAGUGCAAGCGUCAGUUAUAUAAAGAGAGAUAACUGCUUCUAUGCAGCAUGCCCACUCAAGAUAGGGGACCGGCAAUGCAACAGAAAGGUUAUUAAUGCUGGAGAUGGGACAUGGAGGUGUGAUAGAUGUGAGCGGUCUGUAGAACUGGUUGACUACAGAUACAUACUCAACUUGCAGAUACAAGACUGUACUGGCGUAGCAUGGGUAACAGCUUUUCAGGAGACUGGUGAAGACAUAAUGGGUAUAUCUGCAAAAGACUUGCAUCAUUUGAAACAUUAAAUGCAGGAUGAUGAUAAAGUUGCUGAAAUCAUUCGAAUGGUCUCUUUUACUGAGUUUAUUUUCAAAUUGAAAGUAAAGGUGGAGACUUUUAGUGAUGAGCAGCGUGUGAAAUCAACUGUCGUCAAAGUAGAUAAAGUGAAUUUUUCUUCAAAGUCGAGAUUUUAUUUAGAUUUGAUGGACAAAUUCACAAACGGGGAAACUGCAAUACCUUGUGUUGGGAUGAUGAAUACUGGAGUGGUGAGCUCCGCAAUUAGACAACACACACCUGCUCAGAAUGUUAGUUACAGUACCAAUGCCACCGAUGCUAGUCGAGUGUUCGGAGCACCAGCAAAUCAAAUGGGACACGUUGGAAGCCAGUAUGUUAGUCCUAGGGUUCCUUCAACUGGCUCUGCGGGUUUGUAUAUUAGCUGUAACAUAUGUGGAGGUACUAGCCAUAAUUCUUUGAACUGCCCAAAUGUUAUGAAGGGCCCAGGACAGUCAUCAGGAGGGAGCUACACCAAUAGUAGUCGAGUUUCCAGUAAUAAUGGUGAAUGCUAUAAGUGCCACCAACCUGGGCACUUUGCAAAAGACUGUCCUGCCUCGAACCAUAUUCCAGGACAGUCAUCAGGAGGGGGCUACACCAAUAGGAGUCUAGUUUCCAGGAAUUCUGAUGAAUGCUAUAAAUGCCACCAACCUGGGCACUUUGCGAAAGACUGUCCUGCCUCGAACCAUAUUCCAGCUUUUGGAAGUAGUGGAGUCCAGCCGGGCAGAUAUGGAGUUUCAAAACAAAGGGUCAGCUAUUGAAGUUGUUAAGCCAACAUCAGUUCCUAGCUUUUUUUUUAUUUGUUUCUUAGUUGUUAAUAGGUACAUGAUCAGCUAUGUUGGAGCUGGGUGAGCUUCAGAGUCAUGCUUUUGAAGAGAUUCAUGAGUACUGGCUCUUGACAGUUUUGUAAUAUGCCUAUCGGGGAUCUCAUUCGAGAUAGUGUAUAAGGCGUCUGGUGUCGCUCCUGUCUCUGCAGUGUUCGAAUGUUUGUAAUGAAGAGGUUGAGCUCAGUUUUUGUUGGGAUUACUUAAAUUUU